GAGCUAGCUAGCCAGUUGUUUUGGGAGAAGAAGAAAAGGGCUACAAGCGGAAGACACACCGGAUUUGGUUUCGGGUAGAAUUCGGUUUAUGGUCCUGGUUUAGUUUUUAAUACAUUUCGAAUAAUGUCGACCCCGGCAAGGAGACGGCUUAUGAGAGAUUUUAAAAGACUUCAAGAAGAUCCUCCCACCGGUGUGAGUGGAGCACCAUCAGAGAACAACAUCAUGCUUUGGAACGCAGUUAUUUUUGGGCCUGUGGGAACACCGUUUGAAGAUGGAACGUUUAAGCUGCUGAUAGAGUUUUCAGAGGAGUACCCAAACAAGCCUCCCACAGUUCGAUUUGUCUCCAGAAUGUUUCACCCAAAUGUUUACGCAGAUGGCAGUAUAUGUUUAGACAUCCUUCAGAACCGCUGGAGUCCCACAUAUGAUGUGUCGUCCAUACUCACCUCCAUCCAGUCGUUGCUGGAUGAGCCAAACCCCAACAGCCCGGCCAACAGCCAGGCCGCACAGCUCUAUCAGGAAAACAAGCGGGAGUAUGAGAAGAGGGUGACGGCCAUCGUCGAGCAGAGCUGGGUGGACGUCUGAGCGUCUCUUGCUCGCUACUCCUUCCCCUCCAUCACUCUGUCUUCAUCAUCCCAGUACUUCAGUCUCUCAUUUUUACCUCAUCAAGAAGAAAAAAAAAACAGCAACUAUAUCAGAAGAACUCAAGUGCCACCAUGAAAAAAGAUACCCAGAGAACAACCAAACCUGAAUGGACAUUAUCUUGCUUGCCAAUACAUUUGAGCAAAAUGAGGGAGGGGAUAUCAAUCUUAUAUUUGUGUUUCUUGUCCUUAAUUUUCCUUUUUUUAUUGCAUGAUGUGAAAUAAGUUAUUGCUAACAGAAUUUGUAAUAUAUCUUUGUUGUUUGGAUGGAUUGAUGCUGUUAGUGUUUGAGUUUUACAUUUUUAUUCUUUUGGAAACUUUCCUCUCUUUCUUUUAUUUUUAUUUUUUUAGCAAUGUUUCCUGGUAUGAACACAACUUGGCUGUUUGGAGAGGGCAGCUUGAUGACCAAAUCAGUAUAUUUUAAUGUAAUGGAAAAUAACAACCCAGAACAACUCUGUCAAGUAUUGCUUUUAUUUUAAGGUCUGCCACAGAUGCAGCUGAUAAAGAACAAUGUCCCCAGUCUGUUCCAGCAGAUCUCUGUUAUUUUAGGAGACUCUGUAGGUUUUGGCUCAUAGACGUCACAGGCUGCUACAGUGCCAAGUCUCCCUUGCACUGAUGAAUCAUGAGUCCCUGGCAAGGCAGCUCUGAGCUUUUAUUUUAAUCAUUUCUGCUCCGAGGUAGGAAAUGUUAGACCGGGAGUGUUAUGAGAAAGUAAAUAUUAACACCAGGAUGAGAAGAUGAAGUUGGACUGUGAAGAACAGGACCAGAUGAAAAGGAAGAGCUGAACCCAAGAAACACUUGUGAUUUAAGUUUUCUUGUGUCAGCUUUGACAGGUAUCAUCCUUUUUAGGUGUUGACAAAGUGUGUGUAAAGUGAAGGAGGACUUGAGGAAGGGAAUUUGACUGUAGAUUUCCAUGAAGUUCAACCAUGAAAAGAGCAUUAAAGGUAAGAGGAAAAAAGCUGUGAAUUUGUAAGAGAAUGGAUUGGCAUGAAGUUGAUUAGGAGGCAUGGAUAGAUCUGCUAAGAACCUGUAUGUAGAGGUUUCCUCUGUACUUUUCUUUCCCUCUCCUGUCUGCUGUUCUUAGGCUUUCACUUUUCCACCACCUCUGACAGUCACUCACUUUGUUGCCUGUGUCGUGUGUGAGCAUAAACAAAGCAUCAGUGCUUCCUUCUUAAAUGACACUGCUGACAAAACUUGAGAAAUGAGCAGAGGAUAAAAAUACAGCAGUCCAAUCAACACAGCUGAGUGUGAAUCCUGUUUUAAUACUCUGACAUCAACUGUUGUCCCAAAGGUUCGGGUUGUUUUCAUGCCUGCAUUCAUCUCUUAUUUUAUUUUUAUGUGAUGCCCACUUAAAAGACCACUCGAGUAUAUAUAAACUCAUGACUUAACUCAGCCCCACUAGCUAAAUAAUCAACACAACAAAGGUCAUCAUAAAACAUGAGUUUCUCUUUUUUGAGACAGUAAAGGUCAUAUUGUGGCUAGUGACUUAUUUCACCUAAAAAAGGAUAUGUUAUAAAAUUUUGUGAAUUAAACAAGAAAAUGUAUACUUAUAACAAUAUGCUGUAUAAACAUAAUAAAACACAUUUUUCAGA